CAGUAAACGGGUGUCGGCGUGAACGUCGCUAAGCUCUGAAUGGACACUAAUAGGAAAUGUAAUAUUCUUCUGCCACUGCCUGCUCUCUGCUCUCAUUUAAUCUCCGCAACGGAAGCCGGGUGCUGAGUGAACGACAGAGGUGAUGUGAUGGAAAAGCUAGCGGGCGGGAUGGAUCAGAGCAGACAAUCUGCUGCACACUGAACCAACUGGAUGCCACAGCCUAGUUUUUAGACAGAAUGGAUUUCCUCAAUUACACAGAGGGGGUGUUUGCCACUAACACUAGUGGUAAUGACUCACUGGAGACCACUAAACUUCCUACAAGUAAAGUCCUGCUCACAGUGACUCUUUCUAUUGUGGCCAUCCUGACUACAUUCUUCAACUGCCUGGUGAUCACAGCCAUCGCCGUCACACGCAAGCUGCACCACCCGGCCAACUACCUCAUCUGCUCUUUAGCUGUGACCGACCUGCUGGUGGCUGUGCUGGUCAUGCCCUUCAGUAUCAUGUAUAUCCAGAUGGAGACCUGGAUCAUGGGCAAGGUCGUGUGCACCAUCUGGUUAAGUGUGGAUAUCACCUGUUGCACAUGUUCCAUCCUUCAUCUCGCUGCGAUCGCCAUUGACCGCUACAGGGCCAUCACCGAUGCAGUGGAGUACUCUCGGAAGCGCACAGGGGCCAGAGCUGGAGCGAUGGUGGCGGUGGUGUGGCUUUUGUCCAUCCUUGUCUCGCUUCCUCCUUUACUGUGGCGGCAUUUCAGCGAGGAAGGAGACCUGGAAGACCAGUGCAUCAUCAUCCACCAUCACCUGGCCUUCACCUUGUACUCCACCUUCGGGGCAUUUUACAUCCCCCUUCUGCUCAUCCUCAUCCUCUACUACAAAAUCUACAAGGCUGCUCAGACCCUUUAUAUGCGCAGGGAGGCCAGCAGGGCGAGCCGUCACUCAUGUAUGACCAACGGGAGCAUGAUUCCGUCGUCGUUCACUGCGGGAGAUGGGGACAUCGACGGGGGACCUCGAAGUCCGGACCCCAUAAGCCCACCGGAGAAAUCGUUCUCUGAACCCUCAACUGAGGAACCUCCGCGUGAAAAGGUGCGGGCGUCAGUGAAGGCUUUCAAGCGCAAGACUCGCCGGCCUGAGUCACGCAGCGAGUCACGUCGGAGUCAGCUGUACCAAGGGCCGAGGAUCUCAGGCUCACGGGAGCGUAAAGCAGCAUCCACGUUGGGUUUGAUAAUAGGAGCCUUUGUCAUCUGUUGGUUGCCGUUUUUUGUCAAGGAGGUGAUCGUCAACACCUGCGGCUCUUGCAGCACUUCAGUGGAGAUGGCUGACUUUCUGACAUGGUUGGGCUACCUCAACUCACUGAUCAACCCUCUGAUCUACACCAUAUUCAACGAGGACUUCAAAAAAGCCUUCCAAAGACUUGUUAGGUGCAGUAAUUACCUCUGAUGGCUACGAUCAGAGAUGAUCAUACAGAACACAAUCACACAUGUGUAACUCGGAAGAAACAAACUAAAGGGCAGAGAUUACUAUCUGAAUUCUGAGGCAAUGUGUGUGAGAGAGAAGAAACUCAAAAAGGAUUCAGAACCCAUUUCCAGUCACUCCACCAGGUCAACAGCCUACAUUACACCAGCUCCGCAGAGUCGAAAUCCAGGCCCUGCUAUUAGCCUGAGAUCUCCCUGAUGUUAAUUGAUGUGUUUUUGAGGGGACACUGACAUGUUGUUGUUGUUUUUUUUUUUAGAAAAUAGGCCAUUACUGACCUUUCCAGCCCAAUUUAAAGGGUCUUGAAAUAGCUCACCAUCAUGUCUGUUCCAUCUAAUGACCUCCUUUCUAUCUAGUCCACACUGCUAGCUGAAUUACAGAAUAUGUAUAAAAAACACAGCACCCCAAGAUUUACAGACAAUGUUUUGUAAUCUAGGACCAAAUUUCCAUUUUUAACAAAUUCUGAAUAAAAAAUGGGAAAGAUGUGGAUCAAAAUACACAUUUCUGCUAGUUUCAGCUUUCAAUGUAAAAGUUUGACAUUUGGAGAAACCUUUAGCUAUAAGGGGAAAAGGUUCUAUGACACUGCCACUUUAACUGAUGUUUUUGCACAACCUGUUAUGUUUACGUUUAGGUUUUUUUUCUUACGAUAUUUAAUUAUUUAUCUAUUUUGGAGCCAUUACAGCCCAUUCCAUUUCACUUCAAUGCGAUAGCCAACAUUAGGUUAAUGAAUGUGAAAACCACUGGUGGAGAAAUCCUCAUUUCAUUAAUCCCACUCAGUACUUGAAAUAGAACGACUAUUCCUUUACUGCCUCCAAGAGGGCACACGAAAUGUUGAUGGAAAUGUUGUGGAUGAGUCAAGUGUGAGGGUGUACUGUAUCCCAGAGAGAUAAUUCAAUGUGUGUAAUAUACAUACAUCACUGACAGUAUGACCAGUAUUUGUAUACUGUUUCUUUCUUUGUCUCUCACUGUCUCAAUAAUCAA